CGCUAAACGACUUUUUUUUCCCUUCGUCUGUAUGCUAAACUAGCAGUUUUUUCUUGAUAGUGUCUCACAGCUUUAUGAUUUUUCUGUCCUGACUUUAAUGUUAACAUUCCUGUGACGACAAAAAGAGUGAAACAUUCCCGCUACUGCACUGAAGAGUAACAGACCAAGUAUCCGUUCAACAGCAUCAUGUCUGCAGAACUGGACCUGUCCCCUCCAGAGGUCCCUGAGCCCACCUUUCUAGAGAGCCUACUCCGCUAUGGGCUGUUCCUGGGUGCCAUCUUCCAGCUCAUCUGCAUCCUGGCUGUCAUCCUCCCCACUUCCAAGGGGCAUGAACAUGAGGAGACUGAGUCCACUGAUGGCAAGGCCACUGAACAAAUGAAGAAACCUAAAGGACCAGCACCCCAGAUUCGACAGAAACCAAAGAAAGAGAGUAAAAAGAAGCGAUAGAUGGUGUGUGUGUGUGUGUGUGUGUGUGUGUGUGUGUGUGUGUGUGUGUGUGUGUGUGUCUGUGUGUGUGUGUGUGUGUGUGUGUGUGUGUGUCUGUGUGUGUGUGUGUGUUACCUGCUUGUGUGACUGCGUGUGUGGAGUCAUCAGUGAGUCAACAUUGGCAUUUACCAGUACAGUUAUCACUACAGAUGUUUGAAACACUACUGUCAUAUUCCGACAAUAAAAAAUGACAUGCAUUGAAUUUAAGACACUUCAGAAUGACCUUGAACUGUAUGUUCUGUUCACAUUCAACACCACAUUAUUCAGAUUACAGAGAGUAAAAGCACGGUGUUUGCUGACAUUUGUUUUUCUACGGCUACAUACUGUAUUUGUUAUAUUUGUUUUCUUUUAAAAUCGAAUAUCAAUAAUGGAAUUGUAUUUGGAUUGCAACAGACAAAUAAAUACACUGUAUAGUCA